AUGCUGAAGACUGGCCGUCUCGACCGCAAGUACGAUGGCAUCGUCGAGUGCUUCACCCGUACCGCGAAGAACGAGGGUGUCGUCUCGCUGUGGCGUGGCAACACGGCCAACGUCAUCCGUUACUUCCCUACCCAGGCCCUCAACUUCGCCUUCCGCGACACCUACAAGUCGAUGUUCGCGUACAAGAAGGAGCGUGACGGCUACGCGAAGUGGAUGGCCGGCAACCUCGCCUCUGGUGGUGCGGCCGGUGCCACUUCCCUGCUCUUCGUCUACUCUCUCGACUACGCCCGUACCCGUCUCGCCAACGACGCCAAGAACGCGAAGACCGGUGGUGAGCGCCAAUUCAACGGCCUCGUCGACGUCUACAAGAAGACCCUCGCCUCGGAUGGUAUCGCUGGUCUCUACCGUGGUUUCGCUCCCUCCGUCACUGGUAUCAUCGUCUACCGUGGUCUCUAUUUCGGCAUGUACGACUCGAUCAAGCCUGUCCUCCUCACCGGUACUCUCGAAGGCAACUUCCUCGCUUCCUUCUUGCUCGGCUGGGCUGUCACCACUGGUGCCGGUAUCGCUUCCUACCCGCUCGACACCAUCCGUCGUCGCAUGAUGAUGACGUCUGGUGAGGCUGUCAAGUACAAGGGUACCAUGGACGCCGGUCGCCAGAUCGUCGCCAACGAGGGUGUCCGGUCGCUGUUCAAGGGUGCAGGUGCCAACAUUCUCCGUGGUGUCGCCGGUGCCGGUGUGCUCUCCAUCUACGACCAGGUGCAGCUCCUCAUGUUCGGCAAGAAGUUCAAGGGUGGCUCUGGCUAA